AUGGGAAUACCGAUAAUUAAUCCAUUACAUUGGGGUUAUCGAGGCUCCGUAACGCACCAUAUUGGUGAAAGGGGCACCGUGGGCCUUCGGUUGAAAUCUAACGGUUUCGUUUCAUUGCAUGAGUUUGUGACGUUAUACGUUCCAGGUUUAAAACACAAAGCCAGAUUCCAGUUAACUUCAUGUCUAUUUACUGGUAUAUUGCAAACGCUCUAUUUACAGAAGGGAUAUUUCGUCAACAAAUAUGAACUAUAUUUUGGUAGAGAGAUAGUAAGAUUCUCGGAUGGCGGUGUCGCUUGUGCAGAUUGGGUGAUGCCAGAAUGGCAUGAUACCUACGUUAGCGCUAAAGGAGGGGUUGAUCGAAAGUUAUUUAAGGAGGAUUACCGUAAGACUCAACCUUCUUUUUGGCCUCCACUACACAGUCAAACGAGGUUCUUCUCUCUCGAAGAGUUGAUAGACAUUCGGAACGAUGGAAGUCCUCUAAUUAUCAUUCAAAAUGGGCCUGGAGGCGGCUCGCAUGAUUUCUACAUCAGAGCACUCAUAUCCGAGUUCUUAAAUAUGCCAGAUUUUAGAUUCAGAAUUGUUGUGUUAACUCCCCGUGGCUGUGCACGGUCCAAAUUAACUUCUAAAUGCUUAUUCUCUGCAUUAUCCACAAAUGACCUCCGGGAAUUCAUCAAUAUACAGCAUAAGCGUGAUCCAGAAAGGAAGAUAUUUUGCCUAGGUGUUUCUUUUGGAGCUGCAGUCGUUGGUAAUUAUUUAGGAGAAGACGGUAAUAAGAGCCCUGUGGCAGGCGCUGUAUGCCUUUGCAGUCCAUGGGACUUGGCAUCAGCAGCAGAAAAACUCGAAAGCGACUUUUGGGCUAAGGCCAUGUUCAACAAACCAGUUGGAAAAUACCUAGCAAAAAUCGUGAAAGUCAAUUCCACGGAAUUGGAGUAUAUUGAAGGCGAUUUGAUUAGAUAUCCCGCCAGUAGUGAACAUCCAUCGAAUCAUGUUUACACUGACAAAAAUAUCAGAAAAACAGCAGCAAUCCGGACAACAGUUCAAUUUGACAAUACAUUCACUGCUCCUUCCAUGGGUUUCAGAAACGCUUUCGAAUAUUAUCGACACGCGAGUCCCCUGAAAAGGCUAAAAUUUAUACGCGUUCCGACUCUUAUAAUUAAUUCCCUUGACGACCCUAUCGUUGGCCCUGGGGUAAUCCCAUAUAAGCAGGCUUUAACAAAUGAACACGUUUUACUAUGCACCACUUCACUAGGAGGACAUUUGGCAUACUUAACUCCAUCAAUGAACUCAUGGAUAAUCCGUCAGAUUUCGGAGUUUUUUAAUAAAUUUGAAGAAUUGAUCGCUUAA